GUCAAUUUGUUCGGCCCGCAUCGGCCUCAGGACGGGACAGGGGUGCCAUUCGGCUGGGUGAGAUGUUCGACGAUGGUGGUUGGAACUCCUCGUACAUCCGGGGCUUCGACUACAAGCACACCAACACCGAGACGUACUACUUCACGUUCUACAGCGAAUUCGGUGAACGAGGCGUGGCCGUGGUAGCAGAGGCAGUCGUCCUCUCCGUAACCCUGGUCGCGUCUAUUGUCACCAACCUGGCUUUCAUCGUUCCUCUCGUCAAAGGAAGGCAUAGGACGGUGACCAAUCAUUUUCUUCUGAACCUCGGCUUCGCGGACAUCCUCUUCGCCAUCGGAAUACCGGCUGUGGUCGUCGUCAGGAUCAAUCAAAAAUGGCCACUUGGCGACCUCAUCUGCAGACUUCUUCCAUACUCUCAACUUGUAUGUGGUUUCAUGGUGUUGUGGAGUUUAACGUUUGUCAGUAUCGAGAGAUAUAGAUGCCUUACGCUCGAUCCUCAGCUAAGAAUCACCUCCAAUACAGCAAAGUUAUUAAUAGCAAUAUUGUGGAUAUUUGCCCUUGCUCUAUUCUCCCCAAUUACAUUUUGGUUUAGACACGAGGAAAGCCUUAAUAUAUGCACAUUGAGGUUUCCGAAGGCAGGAAUCAAAAUAUCGCUCUUUUUCACCAUCAUAACAACCCUUUUCACCUGCAUAAUUCCUAUAUGCAUUUUGGUGUUCAACUAUCACAGGAUAUUUAUGAAGAUGGUUGAAAACAGACAAAGAUGGGAAUUGCCUACUGUGCUCAAUUCGAGUUUGUCGCGACAAGAAGAAGCCAGAGUACGAAAGCACAUUCGCAUCAUGCGAGUUGCAUUGUUCAACAUGCUUGUCGUCCUUGCAAUGUGGCUACCGAUAACCGUUGUCCUCUGCCUCAUCUAUGUAGACGGUGACCGUCCUUUGUCGGACAACAGUUUUUUCCUGAGGUCACAUCAUUUCAUAUAUUCACUCACUUUGGCAUUGGUGAACACAGCAGUUAACCCAUUCUUGUCAGGUGUCAUCAGAUUCACCUGCUCAGCGGAUCAAUCCCAAGGGAUUUCAAAACUUCUAAGACUUGCAUCAUCAUUUAACUGAUUGUAAUGUAUACAAUAAAUAUAUUGUUAAUUAUCUUGUGCUUCUUGUUUGUUUUGUGUUCACUCUUUUAAACACUUCUCAAAGUGAAAUAAAGAAAUGAAGUUCUUCAGGAUGGCCUGUCAAUACUUGAUGAUUCCAUAAACAUUAAUUUAUUAAUUUCAUUAUUAAUUUAUUUUUUAUUAAUGAUUCCUUUAAUUUGUAUAUUUGGGCUUUUUAAAAGUGUAAUACCAAAUAAAAUUGGCUUUCACCAAAGGACACUUUAUUUACAUUUUUUAUUUGGUGAGUUUACACAGGAAAUACAUGUUUUAUAGCAUAAUUAUCACGAUUUAUUACUCGAAAUAUUAUGUAUUCACAGUGAUGAAGACGUAAGAUUAGAGCAUGUUCUGACGUUUAACGUUUACCUAGAUUUUAUUACUUUGUACACGUCUAAUAAAACUGAAAUAAAGAUAA